AUGGCCUCUGGACCAGACCCUGGCGGCCGUUCUAGGUUUGCUAAACUUGGGAUGGCAAUAAACGAAGAAUUAAACCAGGCUUGUCGAGAUGUCUUAGAAAUGGAGGUACCUCCUGGUCUUAUCUACAAUAAAGUGAAAGCAUCAUCAAUUUACAAAAACAUACGCCCUGAGCAAGAACUUCGUCUUAGAGGUGCCAAAACAGAUGGUUAUAAAGAAUUUGAUAUUACAUUGUUAUAUACACUGAUAAGAAACAUAUCCACAAAGAUUCCUCCACCAACUAAAGGUUGGGGUGGAAACACGAUGCCGCCAGUAGGAGAAACAACAAUUGGUGAUGACAUUGAAAGGAUAAGGAUGAUACGAAACAGCAUGUUUGGACACAUAAGUUCGGCGUCUACCUCACAGACAGAGUUUGAUGACACAUGGCAAAUAAUAACUGAUGUCUGCCAAAGACUGCAAACGUACACAAACAAAGACUACCUGUCUGGACUGAGUAAUAUUCAAAGUCAGGCCCUGGAAGAGGAAAACGAAAAGGCUAUAAUCGAAAAUCUUGAAGCCCACUACAAAAAUAAUACAGAUCUUAUGGAAAGGAUGUCUUGUUUGGAAUCAUAUUUGUUAGGAAUACCAAUGAUAGAUGAGAUUCUCAAAGUCUGGCAAAAAGAGAACGUUGCUUUUAUUCCUACAAAAGCAAGUAGGAUCGUCGAAGAAAAGCUUAAAAGCCAUAACCUAGUCAUAGUGGUUGGAAAUUCUGGAUCUGGAAAAUCGGCGAUUAUUCAACAUAUUGCCCUCAAGUAUAAAGAUCGGGGAAGUUAUGUCGUACCAGUCGAUGAGGUUAAAGAAAUUAAAGAGAAAUAUUCGUAUUCGACAGAAAAUCAAACCCUCUUUGUACUCAACGAUCCUUUAGGUAAAGAAUCUUUGGAUGAAAUUUUGUUUACUUUAUGGAAAAAGUAUCAAAAAACGAUAGAGACUUGCUUGAAGAAAGUCAAACUACUUUUGUCCUGUAGAAGAUGUGUUCUUUAUGACAAGAGAAUAAAGGGUAUUUUAUUCGAGGAAUCCACCAUAGUGGAAAUAGACAACAAAGAAAAUGGACUGACAGGUGUAGAGAAAAGAGCAAUCCUCAAUCAAUACACACAGAAUCUAGACCUUUCUGAGGAAAUUGUUUUUGAAAUAAUCAAAACAGAAGCGUAUUUUCCACUGCUUUGUAAGCUUUUUUCUAGGCCAAAUUACACGGAAAAUGGACUUGACUUCUUUAAAUUUCCGAAGAAGUUCAUUAAACAAGAAAUUGAUAUUUUCAAGAGAAUAGACAAGAAGAAAUUCUGCACUCUUAUUUUAGUUGUAGCUUUUAAAAACAAUCUGAAAAUUGAAACAAUUGAAAGGAAUGAUGAAUCUAAGAAAAAAUAUAAAGACAUUCUCGAAAUGUGUGAAUUAUCGGAAAGCACACGUAUAUCGGCCUUCCGCAGUACUCUCCAAGAACUUACAGGAUCUUAUGUGAAAUGUGUCGGACAAACUUUCCAAUUCCUUCACGACUUUAUUAUGGAGAUAACGACUCUGGUGUUUGGUGCCGAGUGUCCAAAAGAGACAAUACAGUACGCAGACAGUGGUUUUCUGAGACGUCGUGUGAGAAUAGUAGAUGAUACAGAAGAGGAAAAUCGCGAUCCGUUUACUGUUUACCUUCCUGAAGAGUACAUUGGUGAUCUUGUGGAUAGAUGCAUAGACAAAAAUGCAUUGCAGGAUCCUUUAGUUUUUUCUGCCGUGUGUGCUAAUGGAGGAUUGCAAUUGUUUCAUAGUCUUAGCCAAGAAUACAAAGAAGCGGCUAUAGAAGAACUUUGGGGGUUAUUUUAUCCAAUCCACAUUGCUUCAGUCUUCCAUAACUAUGAAAUAAUUCCAGAGAUGAUUAUACUCGGUGCUGACGUCAAUAUGUUAAGUGCUGGUAAUAUUUGGACUCCGUUAAUUUUGGCAGCAGGAAAUGACGAAGAACAUUUAAGAGAAGCUGGAAAGGAGACAAAAGAAGGAGAAAGAC